CGAUAACGGACACCCGCGUGCGGAAUCCACGCACUCAACCGGGCCCUGACGUGGCGAGGCGCAAGAGGCACGCCGGGUGCGCGUGGACUGCGACGAUUGGACACAUGACUCGUUCGGCGACUUUCCCACUUCCUGUAUGUAAAUACACAGGUGGCACUUACCCCGCACAAUGCGCGGCAGAUACUAGGCAGUUGGAUAAACUCACAUGUGGGACUUCGGAAACAAGGUGAGCUCCAGUAAUGCCCCAGUUUACGGCCGCCACCGUGCUGCAGAUCACGCUGCUGCUCUCCGCCCUUCCCGCGCAGUACUUCAUCUCCAGAUGGUGCGGCACCACGGCGGCUCAACGCCACCACGCAACUGCAAGAUUGCUUAAGAUGUGGAAGGAAUUGAGGACAUCCUAUUUGAACGGCAAUGUAUGGAUGGAGUGGGCAACACUGCAGAUGUCCAAACUCAAGUCGUUGGUUGGCUUGGGAGAGGAAGCGUCUGCAGAGUCUCUUGCCAUCGAGGUCAUGCUUUAUGACAAUGACCAUGGAUUCUUUGGAGCCUCCAAGGAAGUGCGUAGCCCAAGACCCCCGUUUGUGUUCCUGCGGGUUGGGGACGUGGUGAUGCAGAGGACAGACCACAUGGUUGGCGUGGUGGUGAGUUGGGACUCAGAGCUUAGAGCCCCUCCAGAGUGGGUCAACAGAGUAUACUCCAACUCUGAGAUCAAAGCAGAGAACACACCUCACUACAAAGUUCUCUUCAGCGGUCCUGGACCUUCGUCUCUGUUUGUAGCUUAUCUUCCCCAAACACAAUUGGAUCGGAUCACUGGGUUAAGGCCGGAUAUUCCAACCUUGGAGCAUUACUUCACACACUUUGAUGGGGAGCGGUUCAUCAUGCAGCCUUGGCUCAGUGAGAUCUUCCCCGAGGACGAGUACGACUCAUAACUCCACGGACUGAAUGCAGGGGUGUGUGCAUGUCUGUAUGUGAAGGGCGGAGGGGAAAGAUUUUGCAACACAGAAGACUACCAAACUGCACAUGGCUGCUGCGAAUAUGUGCGAGUGCGCUCCUUCCUCUGUGUGCACAUGCAGAUCGCUUUGUGAUAACGUUUCUCUGAAGGAGCCAUCUUUUGUGCAUUUUAAUGAGGUCUCCUGCACAUUUUCUUUGCCAGGUCCAUCUUGUGGACAAUCUUCUCUGCAUGCUUCCGUGAAGCUUUCCAACUUGCAUUUAAAUGAACUUUUUUUUUUAAUGACUCCGAGAAACAAAUUUAAUUUUAGAUAAACGCUUUCGUUUAGAUUUGAUUAAUUAUGUGGAACAUAUACCGCCAGUGUUUGCAUACAAGCCAUUUUUGUACCUUGUAACAAUGAGGGUUGAGUCUUGGGUGGAUAAUUAAAAACAGGAAAGAGCAACAUGAUCAAAACUGAUUAAUAAAAAAAAAAGGUGAAUGGUUUCUCUGCUAGGCCAUGCUGUGAGUCCUUCAGGUUAGCGGGUAAUACUGAGACUCUGGGAUGUUAGCGUGAUAAUAGAGCUCUCUUGAAGAAUAUUAACUGUGAAGUCUUAUUGAAUUGUGGCAACGGCUGGAGCCUUUAUUUCCCUAGGUGGAACAUGGUGUCUUUACAGUGUACAAAAUGGAAGGAGUAAUUUAAAAGGCCUGAUUUAAACAGAAAUGUUCAUUUAAAAUUUGUUAAAUAAGAAAUGUGUUGCAUGGUAUAAUUGAUAAUGUGAUGUAAUUGAAAACUGAAAGACUGCUAGGUGUAGAGAGAUUUAUUUUUUUUGUUAUCAGAGCUUUGGUGGUUAAUGACAUGGGAUGCAACUCUUUUUUUUAACUCAACAUUUUAAUUCAGCAAUUAAUUACAACUGUGCAAUAAAGUUGAAGUAUGAAAUCUU